AUGGCCAUUGCAUCACAAAUUUUUAGCAAUGAAAAUUCUCAUAAUUCUGCUAUGAUAAUGGAGCUGAAAAGUAUAUUUAAACCUCUAAAAUCUACUAUAUAUUGCAUUGAUAAUAAAAAAUUUAGCAAUAGCGUCUUGGUAACUAAUAUUAGGGCUCAAGUUUGCUAUCAGUUAAUAUUUAAAGAAAAAAAGGAACUAUAUGCGACUAAAGCUGAGCCAACUCUGCAGGCUAGCUUAUAUUAUCACGUCCAAAAAGGUCAGAGACCAGUGCUGUUGUUCCUCAUAUAUGUUGGUCAUUGCAGAUCCUUGAAUUUGCCUUCUCAGAGUAUCUAUAUCGAUAAAGUAAUAAUAGAAUCACUAACGGACUUCAUUUCUCUCAUACCUAAACUGGGAGAUGAUAGUCAAGUGAGCCAAAUUGCUCAGUUCCUAGCGGCUCUGAAUUUUGCUAUGAGCAGGUUCAACAAUUAUUACCAAAAUUUGCAAUUAAAUAACGAUAGCCCAAAUGAUCAGCGUUAUUUCCCUUAUUUUUCAACUUAUCAAGACAAGAAUAACAAUCGAAUCGGGUUCAAAUAUAUCCAUCUGCUGACUGAGGACUUUCAAAGACCUAUUUGGAAGGCUAAAGCCAAAAACCGUUCAAUUGUCAUCAAGUUUGCUCGAAGAUAUGGUGUGAAGGCAUACAACAUAUGCGCUAAGCUAAGACUCGCUCCAAACUUGUUAUACAGUGAAAACCUUCAAAACGGAUUCAUGAUGAUUGUUAUGGAUUAUGUUGAUGGAGAUCCAUUAACAACAUAA